AUGGCAAGUAAUCGUCAAUUGGACUUGACUAUUCCUUCCCCAUGCCCAAAGUCACCGAUCCCCACUGUAGCACUCUCAUCAUCGAGCACUUCCUCUUCAUCCGGUGAUCUGCAUUCAUCCACCCCACCACCUCCUACGUCUCUCUCUCCGUCGCAUUUAUAUUCGAAUGAUUGUGCGGAAAAAAUGUGCGCAGUUCCCAUGUUGCCAAUCUACCAGGGACCAAUGGUUGAUCCUGAUACUUUGCCAAUUUACAAUCACCCGAAGGUGGAGUCGUUGCCAUCGUCACCUCCGUGUAGCAGCCAAACCGCCGCAGCCGCUCCAAAGACUUCACGUCCUUCUCUGAUGCGGAGGGCCUCACUCAUCCACAGAAGCAGAAGAUCACUGAGAACGUUUGCGUCAAAUGUGAAACAAAGGCUACGACGUUCAGUAUCGCGAUCCCAUUUGUCACGAGCUCCUAACCGCAACAACCCAAGAGUUGGUGAACAGGGAAGUGGGAGUCACUCAGCCGCACCGCGACCUGUGCCAGGUCACUCGGCAAUGGGGCGCCACAGGGAAGUAAGAGGUGCAAAUGACAAUGCAAUCACAAGGCGUGCUACUCAUCAUUCCAAUGCUGUCGAUUGUGAGAAAACGAAAAGCUUGUAG